GGCCCGCCGCGCUGCUCCUCCCUGCAGGCGCCCAUCAUGCUGCUGUCGGGGCACGAAGGGGAGGUGUACUGCUGCAAGUUCCACCCCAACGGCAACACCCUCGCCUCUGCCGGCUUCGACAGGCUCAUCCUGCUGUGGAACGUCUACGGGGACUGCGAUAACUACGCCACCCUGAAGGGACACAGCGGGGCGGUCAUGGAGCUGCACUAUAACACAGAUGGCAGCAUGCUGUUCUCAGCAUCCACAGACAAAACUGUGGCUGUGUGGGACAGUGAGACUGGCGAGAGGGUGAAGAGGCUGAAGGGCCACACCUCGUUCGUGAACUCCUGUUACCCGGCGAGGCGAGGACCCCAGCUCGUCUGUACAGGCAGCGAUGAUGGGACAGUGAAGCUCUGGGAUAUCAGGAAAAAAGCUGCUGUCCAGACAUUUCAGAACACAUACCAGGUCUUGGCUGUAACUUUCAACGACACCAGUGAUCAGAUCAUAUCUGGAGGCAUCGACAACGAUAUUAAGGUGUGGGACCUUCGCCAGAACAAGCUCACUUACACGAUGCGAGGACACGCAGACUCGGUGACAGGCCUCAGCCUGAGCUCAGAAGGCUCCUACCUGCUCUCCAAUGCCAUGGACAACACAGUUCGCAUCUGGGAUGUGCGACCGUUUGCCCCUAAAGAGAGAUGUGUAAAGAUUUUCCAGGGGAAUGUGCAUAAUUUUGAAAAGAAUCUCUUGAGGUGCUCUUGGUCCCCGGAUGGGAGUAAAAUCGCAGGGGGAUCGGCCGAUAGGUUUGUCUACGUGUGGGACACCACGUCCAGGAGGAUUUUGUACAAGCUGCCAGGCCACGCUGGGUCGGUGAAUGAACUGGCUUUCCAUCCGGAGGAACCCAUCAUUCUCUCGGCGUCCAGCGACAAGAGGCUGUACAUGGGGGAGAUCCAGUGAAGCUGGUGAUGGGAUUCGUGCCCUCGCAAUCCUCCAUUGACGGCAGUGGUGUUGACUUGCGUCUCACCGGUGC